GGAGCGCGAGGGUAGACAGGUGUUGGUUUGCGCAAAGGAGAGACACGAUCGCUCCAUACUUUCCCAUGUAUCCUGCCUUCAUUCUCUGCUGUAAUCGCGGAUCUCUAUCGGGAGCCACCAUGGUGCAUCACUCUGGAUCCAUACAGUCAUUCAAGCAGCUGAAGCUGAAGGGUAUGCACACGAGUAUCAGUGAGAUUUUGAAGGAGAAGACACUGAAGUCAUCUCGCCGCAGUUUGCCAUGUCUGGCUCAGAGUCAAACACAUCCUGAGAACCUCAAUCACUUCCUGUCUGUGCCUCUGAGUCCUACACCCAAGACAUACACAAACAGCGUCAGUGCCUCCUGCACACACAUCACACCUCCACCUACAGGUCAGGAUGUCUACAUGGAAGAGAGGGAGGUGGGAGAGUUUGAACCUAAAACAGAUGAGAAGCUGCUCGUCCAGCAGAAGCCUCUGUCAAGAGGAAAACUAGAGGCUCGCACAGACUCCAUAAAGGGGAACAAUCUAGAAAAGCCCUCUGGAUUAAUGUUUCGAGAUGGCAAGAAACGCAUCGACUACAUAUUAGUGUACAAGAAAUCCAGUCCUCAGGUGGAGAAGAGAUGUACGUUUGAGAGGAACCUGCGAGCAGAAGGUCUCAUGCUGGAGAAGGAGCCUUCGUUAACCAACAGUGAUGUCAUGUUUGUGAAGAUUCACGCGCCGUGGGACACUCUGUGUAAAUAUGCCGAGCAGAUGAACAUCAGAAUGCCAUUCAGGAAAAAGUGUUACUUUACAGACUGGAAGAAAAAGACUAUGGGCAGUCUAUUUCAGCUGAAACGUCGUCAGUUGAAGAGUUGGCUGCCCAGGAACCCGAUGAAACUUGAUAAAGGGGCAUUACCAGAUCUGGAGGAUACCGACUGCUACACAGCUCCCUUCAGCCGGGCCAGGAUGCACCAUUUUACCAUCAACAACAGAGAGACGUUUUUCUCAAACUCAACCAGGAGCAGAAUAGUGCAUCACGUACUACAGCGGACUAAGUACGAGGACGGCAAGUCUAAGAUGGCUUCACCGUUGUGUUGUCUAUAUCUGCUUAAUUAUCAUGGGCAUCACAAGCGCCUCCUCAUGGACCAGUCUGACAGUUCAUGGGAAGGUAUCAAUCGGUUACUUGGCAACAGCACGUAUGAAGCAGCGUUUCCUCCACAUGAGGGGAGUUACAAAAGCAGACACCCGAUAAAGACCCACGGUGCACAAAACCACAGACACCUGCUGUACGAAAGAUGGGCGCGCUGGGGAAUCUGGUACAAAUAUCAGCCACUAGACCUCAUACGGCGUUACUUUGGUGAGAAGAUCGGCCUGUAUUUCGCGUGGUUGGGCUGGUACACUGGUAUGCUGAUCCCUGCUGCUCUAGUUGGCCUCUUUGUCUUCCUCUAUGGGCUUUUCACCAUGGACUCCAGUCAAGUCAGUAAGGAGAUCUGUGAGGCCAACACCACCAUCAUGUGCCCCAUGUGUGAAGGCAACUGUAGCUCAUGGACUCUGAGUGACAGCUGUGUCUAUGCAAAGGUGACUCAUCUCUUUGAUAAUGGAGGCACAGUCUUCUUUGCUAUCUUCAUGGCGAUAUGGGCCACUGUGUUCCUUGAGUUCUGGAAGAGGAGGAGGGCAGAGCUAACGUACGACUGGGAUUUGAUUGACUGGGAGGAGGAGGAGGAGAACCUACGGCCGCAGUUUGAAGCCAAAUACUCUCGUAAGGAGCGAGUGAAUCCCAUCUCAGGAAAACCAGAGCCCUUCCAGCCCUUCACAGAUAAACUCAGCCGUCUCAUGGUGUCUGUUUCUGGUAUAUUCUUUAUGAUCUCUCUGGUCCUGACUGCUGUGUUUGCUGUGGUGGUGUUCCGACUCAUCGCCAUGGAGAAGUUCGCCUCAUUCCAGUGGGAGUUUGUGAAGAAGAACUGGCAGUUUGCCACCUCAGGAACUGGAGUCUGCAUCAACUUUAUGAUCAUAAUGUCUCUUAAUGUGGUCUAUGAGAAAGUGUCCUACCUACUUACAAACCUGGAACACCCACGGACAGAGUCGGAGUGGGAAAACAGCUUUGCCCUCAAGAUGUUCCUUUUCCAGUUUGUAAAUCUCAACAGCUCUACCUUCUACAUAGCGUUUUUCUUAGGAAGGUUUGCUGGCAGGCCAGGCGACUAUAAUAAGCUGUUUAACCGAUGGAGAAUGGAGGAGUGUCAUCCCAGUGGUUGUCUAAUCGACUUGUGCCUACAAAUGGGAGUGAUCAUGGUGUUGAAACAGAUCUGGAAUAACUUCAUGGAGCUGGGCUACCCACUGCUACAGAACUGGUGGUCUCGACGUAAGAUGAAGCGCGCAGGAGAGCAGAAUAACAGUAAAGAAGAGCUGCCACAGUGGGACAGAGACUGGAACCUGCAGCCCAUGAACGCGCAUGGCCUGGUGGAUGAGUACCUGGAGAUGGUUCUUCAAUUCGGUUUCACUACUAUCUUCGUAGCUGCAUUUCCUCUGGCUCCUCUGCUCGCUCUCCUUAACAACAUCAUUGAGAUCCGACUGGACGCCUACAAGUUUGUCACGCAGUGGAGAAGACCUAUGCCUGCACGCGCUACUGACAUCGGUAUAUGGCAUGGUAUCCUGGAAGGAAUUGGAGUUGUGGCUGUCAUAACAAACGCCUUCGUCAUUGCCAUCACUUCGGACUACAUCCCUCGCUUUGUCUAUGCUUUCAAAUAUGGCCCCUGUGUGGACCGAGGUUACCGGCAUGAGAAAUGUCUGAGAGGAUACUUGAACAACAGCUUGUCUGUUUUUGAUAUGGGUGAACUAAAAAAUGGAAGUCAUCAGGCACGAUACUGCAGAUAUCGGGAUUACAGAGCGCCUCCAUGGAGUCCUGAACCUUACGAGUUCACUCUGCAGUUCUGGCAUGUUCUGGCUGCCAGACUUGCCUUCAUCAUCGUUUUUGAGCACCUGGUGUUUGGCAUUAAGACCUUCAUAGCUCACAUGAUUCCAGACAUACCCAAAGACUUGUGUGACCGCAUGCGCAGAGAGAAAUACCUGAUGCAGGAAAUGAUGUACGAGGCGGAACUUGAGCACUUGCAGAAAGAACGGAAAAAGAACGGCAAACGUUAUCACCAUGAGUGGCCUUAGCUGUGCCUGCCCAUCAUUUCAUACCCACUGGAGACCCAUAUACACUACCCAUAAAAGCACAUCAAGACUCGAGAGUGACAAACGAAUGUUGCAACAUGCACUGCGGCACAUUAGAAAACAUGCAUACUCAUGAUCAGCUGUUAUGCAGCCUUUGACAGCUAGCUUUACUGAGUCCAUGAAUUGGCUGCCCACUUCAGAUUUCCAUUGCUGUACUAAACCAGGAGGAGGAUUCAGAGUUUGAGGUCAAAACCUGAUCUCCGGUUAGGCCUGUAGAGCCUGGAGUCGGCAGCUGUGCUCUGCACCAAAGAGGUUCUUCUCAGUCACAUGACGCCUGCUUGAGACCUCCAUUCAUCCAUAUUUCAUCCAGCUGAGGGCAUUUACACUCUACAGAAAGCUCUGACAGAGCAAUUGACAGAUAGGAAUGUGUAAGAUCCAGUUUCAAGGAAUGGAAAGAGCUACGUUUGAAAUCAAGCAGGAAUAGAGUGAAUAGGAUUUCCGAAAGCACAACUGGACCUGCCUUUCUGAAAUUCUCAUUGGUCAAUGGAUGUGUACGUCAAAGUGUGUUUCUGCAAAAGUUAAAGACUCCAUGGAAUUGUUUGAUGAGCACUUUCCUGUGCUAACGUAUUUCCUAUUGGAACAGCAAAUUGAGACGGGACAUAUCAAUGUAGUGUUGCUGCCCCAUAUAAGCAGGAAGGGUCCUGUAUUUUGGCUGAAAAUAUGUUGUCCCAUACAGACGCCUGUUGUUUUUUUUAUUUUUUUUUUUAUAUAUUAGCACCAAAAUGUUUAAGGGGGAUCCCUCAUUCCCGGUCGGAUGCCAAAACUACCUGUAUUGAAGGCGUUGUGUAUUCUGCGGCCCCGUAUUGAUGCGGCAAAAUGCUCAAGGGGGACCCCACCCUGUUUAUAGAGUGAAACAUAUGAGGGUGUCCCUUGUCCUGUAUUAAAACACUCAAAAUGCUCAAGUAACCUAUAUUUGGAGAGCUUGCUAGUCACUUGCAGUUGGUAAUAGGGACAUCCUCAUUCUCGAGCCCAUUUGAUUCGACAAAAUUGGUAUAGUGCAAGAUGGGUCAUCAAUAUUUUUGGUCCAUUUUUCCCAGAAGAUAAAUACUGUUCACAUUAAACGUGUAUAUCUGCUAAAAGUUUAUUUCGUCAAGUAGGAUGCACUAGCAUAUACUGUACUGUAGAUGACCUCAAAGCUAACAAAAACUCAGUCAAUCCACAAAACACAAAUCUUGAUUUUAAUGCAAUCUUUUAAAAGUUCCUAACUUUUUCUCAAUGGAUAAUGAAGCAUUUCUUCCACAAACUAUUGUGUUUUACCUCUACAUUCUUUCGAUGCAUCAUACCCUUUGAAAUCAGUGGAUUUACUGCAUUCUCUGAAGUGUGCAGGUGCCCCAAGUCAUUUUUUUUUUUUUUUUUUUGGGAAAAUGUGCAAUCUUCUGCUAAACACAUGUCCUUCACAGCACGGCCUGCAAGGGCAUGGCUCUCUCCUGUCAUAUAGAAGUUUUAAAUGGGAAUGUAGAACUUGCAAAGUUGGAUAGUGAACUAUGCAGAUGAAUGGGUUUGGGGUUCUUGUUUUGUGCUAGCAAACUUGUCUAUCUCUUUGUGUCUCAGUCUGUGCGUGGCAGCUAGCAUCCCGACAUGAAGCAGUUAUCUACCUGGAGCCAGGCAAUUUGAUAAUGUUUACCUUACCAACAUAUUAACCGAUACUAAAUUACCGAUGUCCUCUCUCUUCGCCUGCCAAAGUCUGAUAUUGUGAUUCUUGUUACAAAAGUGGUUUCUGAUGAAGCGUACCAAAUAAAAAUUAGUAGACUUUGUUUAUGCAAAUGAAGUUUUUAUGUAAUAUGUCGCCUUGAAAAGAUAUGCAAAUUUACAUAUGUUUCAAUACAAUAAAUCAUUUUGUUAAGGCAAAAGAGAAAAUGAAUAGCUAACUUUGGCAAAAUGACAUGCAUGUUGUUUGUUUCAAACUGCAUGUUCUUUGUUUUUCAUCUUUUAAAUCAACUUGUUUUUGUAAAAGACCAUGUCUUUGUCCAGAUGCCUGAUUUUGUAAUGUGUGUGAGCUAAAUUUGAUGUUUGAGUGUAGCUUCCUUCUCACGCUGCCGUUUGUGCUCACCUAAGCACAAAACAACAACUAUGUUCGGAAUUCCAUACUACCAUACUAACAGUACUAUUUCUUCAGAAUACAUACUGUAUAAUGUACUGUAUAUGUGAUAUGCACAUAGUAAUAAAUGUUGUAUGCAGUGUAUAGUACUGUAUUCUGCGCAGUAUGCAGUAUACUAAUAUUCCGAACAUAGUCAAAAAGAAGAUCAAACAUAACAGGCCAUAUUAAUUAAAACAAGAUCGCCCAUACAGUUGAAUCAUUAGGCAGGAGUGUGUUGACAGAAUUAACAUUGGGACAAUGGACAUGCAAGAAACAUUAUCUUAUUUAACAUUUUGCUAUUUAGAUUUAUUUAUUUGUAAAAAUUUUGAAUUUUAUGUAUGUUUUGUUUUCUUAGGGCGUGUGCACAUUUAGAUAUGUGCAUUUAUAAAGGCGUGUUUGUGCACGUGUAUGUAUUUUGUAAAGUUGAUGAAAUGAUUUAAUUUUCAUAAUCAAAUUUAUUUUUUCAUGUUCUUUAAAAACCCAAGGCAAUGGCCAUGUUCAAAAUAGCAUACUACCAUCCUGCUCAUACUGUUUCUGCAGUAUGAAAUACUGAGUGCAAUAUUGCAAAAUUAUGACAAAAAAGAUUCUUUUCUGUAUGCAUAAAAUACCCAAGUGAUCCAUUAUAUUUCCACAAUAUGCAGCAUAUGACUAGAGCACAGUGUGGAAAGUUUAGACAUUUUACAAAACUGUGGUAAAUUACUAAAUUACCAUAUUUAUUUGCAAGAUGAUAAAUGGAUGCCAUUCAUUGAAUUAAACUUGCAACAUAAAUCAUGUGACAACAAUUUGACAUAAUUUUUCAAACAUUUAUCAUUGCAUAAUGUAUCCUUUUUCCACACAGUAUUUUUAAAUAGUAUGCAGUAUGUAGUGUAUACUGUGCAGUAUCCAGUAAGACGUUUGCUAUUAUUCCAUUCCAAACACAGCUAAUGCAUCUGUCCUCCUCAGGAACCUGUGAGCAUUUGCAGAUGAGAACUUUGUGUCAUAUUUUCUUAGCUUGAAUUAAGUAUUGGUUUUAAAGUAUACAUUUUUGCACUUUACAUUUUUAUGUAUACCAACCCUGUAUGGGUAUAGAUGGGAAUACGCUCAGAAAACAAAUCUUUUAGUUAAAACUUAACUAAAGCUUAUAGUUUUUGUUAUCACCUUAUAGAUACUUUAAACACACACACACACACACACACAAAGUCCCAAAGUAUGACACUAAUUUAAUUUUAAAUCAGGCCAUGGGAGCACUUUAGGAGUUUAAUUUACCCCAUGUUACCUCUAUUCAGGAAUCACAUUUGAAAAAAAAAAAAAAAGCUAUUCAUAGACAGGUUGAGUGACAUGCCCUCAUCCCCGAAAAUCAUGAGCAAAACUCAAGAGACAUUAAAGCUGCACUACAGAACUUUGUGCUCUCUAGCGACAGCUGUGGUUGAAACUUAAAAUUGCAAGCAAUUUACGGAAGAACACUUUACGUGCGCUGCAUUUCAGCACUGCUCUUCUGUGCGGAUGAAUCUCAUGAUUUGAGGUUACCUGGACAUCACCUGUGUGUGAUCAUGAAUGGGAGAUAUUCAGAGCCAGAGUCAUAAUGUUCUAUUUUCAUGUGGAUAUGUUAUUCUAUUAAACAUUUAAAACCAAAAUAUUACUUGCUUUGAAAAAGAUAACAACACUCAUAUUUACAUAUUUUGAAAUAAUUAAUUAAUUUUACACUUAUAGCGCUUUUCAGACACUAGUGCUUUUACAUUGAUAACAAACCACCACGAGUUACUAUAGUACUACACAUCAAUUUAAGAGGUGAAACUUUGGUUGAUUCGAGUUCAACGGAAGACUGUAUUAUUUUACAAAAAUUGUUAUAGACUCAGUUGAUAAUGCAAGUAAAUCCGUAAUACUAUAAUAGUACAACGAUGCACUGCACACAAUAACACUGUAAACUAAAAACAUAAAACAAGGGUUCAAUAAUGAUGUGGAUGGAAUAUACUUUAUUAAACAGGAAAAUAAUAUGCAGAAAUAUGCAAUAAAGAAAAUUACAUAAAUACAUUUAGCUAAUCAUUUCUUUAGCAGUAAAGUUAUAAUAGAGAGAUAGUUACACACUAAACAAAUUACUAUGUGCAUUACUGUGCUAUGAAAUUAAUACAUUUUCAGAUUAUUAUAUAUUAUAAACAGACAAUGUGCUGAAAGUACAAUUAGCAAUCCCUUGUGCAUUUCUAUGACUGGGGCAAAAUAAAUGAGAAAACAGUGGCAUACAUGCACUCUUAGGGAACCUGGAAACUACAGCAAUGUUAUUAAAUACUGAGAAGUCAUGAAUAUUAGUAAACACAUUACAGUUUCAGGGCCGCCGCUGGCCAACUUCAUGCCCUACAAAAGUGCAAGUGCGAGGCCAUGGUCUGUGUUCCAUGACUGCUACCGGGUCCUUGAAUAACAUAUAACGUGCAAGUAAGGGCAGCCGGUGGAGUUUCUGAUGCCCCCUAGGGUAAGAUAGGGCCCUUUUGGGAGUUGGUGCCCUACGCAGACUGCGUAAUAUGCGUAUAGGGAGCGGCAGUUCUGAGUAACUUCACCAGACAAAGUAGAUAUUGUACAUCGCGAUCAGUUAACACACAAGUGUUGUUCGAUUCAUACUAGCAUGACAAGCAACAUAAGCUUCAGCAACCGUACCAGACAACAUAUCCAAGCAUUAUAGCAAGUAAAGAACUUCACCAAACAGUUAACAGCUGAACAUCCAUUCAGACUGCAAUGAACUGUGUAACAGUGCUGACUGAACUGAACAGCGUAGUUUCCCCAGUCGAAACAUGUGACAGAAAGUACUUCCAUUCGGUGUUUAAAUUCUGAAAUGAUGUAAUGGGUAGGGAUGAAUGACAUAAGUCUGUGAUUUCGCACCAAAUCUAACCCAACAGCUCAAAGUCAAGUCAUAUUUAAGGCAAGUCAUGUUUAUUUGUAUAGAGCUAUUCAAAACAAGCAUCGUUUCAAAGCAGCUUACAGAAAAUUAUGCUGUAACAGAAAAUUGUGCUAUUAAAGUCCUCAUUGUGCGGUUAUAAUGAUUCACGAGAAAAUUAUAGUAUUAUUAUAGUCUUCAGGCCCCUUUAAAAUACAAAUAAUUUUUGUAGGCUUACCAUAAUGAACUGGGGUAUGGUAAGGACAUUGUUUUGAACACUGAUAUUUAUUUUGUUAUUUACUGAAUCAAUAUUGGCAUUUUGUUUUUUGUUUUUUUACCAAAAAAUCUUCCGUAGUGCAGCUUUAAGAAACCAACACUUAAUAAUUUUGAAAAUUGUUGGGUGUAUGCAGUUCAUGGUAAUAAUGAUCAAAUUCAAAGUU